AUGCGAAUUUCACAAAAUAACCAAAGGCGACAGGGGGAGAGGCUAUUCUUCCUCCUUACAUUUAUAAUUUACUCGAUGAUACCCUGUCGUGCAGUACUUGUGCCCUGGUUGGAUAAUGAUCCAUUUGAAGAAGCACUCGUACAAAUGGGGGAUGGACCAUGGAGUAAGGACAUACUUUCAAGUACGCCUCCGUUGCAUCCAUCUGAAGUUACCGAGGAUAACAAAAGCUUAAAACAAAAGGGCAAUGUGCCGCAAUAUGUUAUUGAUAAUAGCCCUCUGCUCCAUUUAUAUAGUGAAGAAAAGUAUUGGCCGGCUGAUGUUAAGGAUUUCGUAAAGAGAUUUCAGUUGCGAGACCACAGUGGAGACAAAAUUAUCAAUGAACACCUUCGUGAUUUAAGUGACUUACAAGAGUAUUAUUCAAUAGAAUUGGAGAACGGGACCUGGAACCGAGUAUCCAGUGAAGGUACUUAUAUGACAAGUUUGAAUGAUUUUGAUAAAGACCCAGACUGGUUGUUGGGUGAGCAGCCGGAAUAUGGUACGGGUCAUAUAAAGAAAGCACCAGCCGUUCUUUUUGUCGUUGACAAGGGAAAUGGUUGGGUAGACGCAUUUUGGUUUUAUUUCUACCCCUUCAAUUGGGGGCCCUAUAUUAUGGGCUCUGGACCAUGGGGAAAUCACGUGGGAGACUGGGAACAUUCCUUAGUACGAUUCUAUAAAGGAGAACCGCAAUAUCUGUGGAUGAGUGCGCAUGGGGGUGGUACUGCUUAUAAAUUCGAAGCCAUUGAGAAGAUCAAAAGACUGCGUCGUAUUGAUGGGAAAUUGACAAACGAGAUAAUUAAGAAACCUUUAAUAUUUAGUGCAAGAGGAACACAUGCACAUUAUGCAUCAGUCGGUCAACAUGCGCACGAUGUUCCAUUCUUUUUCAUGCCAUUGAGUGACUUUACUGAUAGAGGUCCAUUAUGGGAUCCUUCUUUAAACUAUUAUGCCUAUACAGUUACUGUGGGGGAAACAAUAACACCAUGUGGCGCUGAAGAAACCAAAAUGGGACUAGAUUGGCUAUCGUUCAAGGGCGCUUGGGGUGAUAAACAAUUAAGGCCCAGGGAUCCUAGACAAAAGUGGUGCCCAUUCCAAUGGAAGUAUAUUGAUGGACCAAGAGGGCCACUAUUCAAAAAUAUGGAAAGGGUUUCUUUAUGUCAAAGAUUUAAAUGGUGGAAUUUUUGGAAGGGCUGUCCAGCAAGAAGAUACAUAAAAAGAGGUGAAGGUUUGGAUGCAGAGAAGAAUGAUCUCGUAGGUGACAAUUGUGGUAUCUUGCUGUACAACAUAAGGCCAAAGUGGCUGCGUAGCAUACUCCGCCUUUUGACAUGGAGAGGAAGCGUAUGUUUCAUUAUGGAUUACUUUACAGGAUAA